AUGGAUGUUGAGGCUGUCCGGAGGCGCCUACCUGGCGUCGGUGGUGCCUACUCUAGCCAGGCCACCGGCUACUCUGGCGUCGCCCCCGGUUACACCGGCCUGGGCCGCCUGCGUGCCUCCUCCGACGGGCCCGUCGACGCCUACUACGACCCCAACCUGCAGUACAGCUUCAGCUACAGCGUCAGCGACGCCCUGACCGGCGACGCCAAGCAGCAUCAGGACAGCCGUAGUGGCGACGUGGUGGAGGGCAGCUACAGCCUGGUCGAGCCCGACGGCAGCGUCCGCACUGUGGACUACACGGCCGCCCCUGACGUUGGGUUCAAUGCAGUCGUCUCCAAGGACGGAGUCCCCGCCGGGCAUUCUUCUGUCGGAGCAGCUGUCGCCCCUGCCGCUGCUGCCUCUAGGUCUACUCUUCCAGGAGCUGCUGGCCACUCGCUGCUCCAAGCUGCCGCCGCUGGAGCCACGGAGCACCCCUGA